CUGCCGUGACUUAUUCGCGUUUCUGCAGCGGACGCGGCAGGUUCUCCGGCGGUUGGCGUUCUUCUUUUCCGACUGCUAGCCAUCUAACGAGCAAAGUUUUCCACGACGCACGUUGGUUUUCCGGCCAUUAGUGGCAUGUCCACCGACGAGGACUCCCUGGGCAGUCCCCUCAAGCCGGCCACGCCCACUCCCGUCGAGCGGGAGCGACCCAGGGGCGGACGAUCCGGGGCGGCGGAUCUGCUGCGCCACCAGCAGAGCUUCGAGGCCCGCUACAGCGGCAUCAUCCAGAAGCAAAUCUGGGAGACGAGCAUCAACAAGGACGUGCUGGAGCGCCAGCUGAACGCCUACUUCCCCUUCUCGCGCAGCGCCUCGCUCUCCAAGGAUGGAUCCGGCGGAUUCGAUCAGCUCCUGCCGCCGGCAACGGACGGAAGCGGAAGUGGGAAGACCCGUUCACUGGCCACCACGCCCACCAGGCGGCCAGGCGUCUGUCUGGAGAAGCUGGAGACGGUGGACGUGGCCUCCCUCGAGCAGCAGACCCAGGGAAAGUAGCUUCGGAGUCCCAAGGGUUAAGCUUACUCAUUCAUUGUGAUGUCCGUAAGGUUGAAAGGCAAUUUUGACAUUUUUAGACUAAGAUAGGAUUAAAGGAAGACCCCGGGUUCCAAAAUAUACAAUCAAAACGUGUCAUCAGGCGGCAUAUGUUCAAAGAUUUUGCAUUGAAAUUUCUGUUUUACCUAUGCUACAUUGCUCCAUUUUAUAAGAACCUUAUGUUUUUUAAAGGGUAAAGAACACCAAAUCUUAAGAUUUUAAGUUGUUUUUUUUAUGUUUCUGUUUCUAUGAAGUAAAAACAAUAAAAUUGUAAUCAUUUAGUGAAGAACCAAGAAACUAAAUCCGGGGUUUUUUAAAAAACGAUUUCCAGUAUAGCUUUAAUGAGUAUUACUAUCGUCUAAGUCAAGCAAUCUCUGAAUCUACUAUUUAUUAAGCACUCCCGAUUCGUCUAGCUCUAAAACAAUAUAUUUGCACAGUUUAAACUAGGUCAAUGUAAAAUUCCCUUUUUAUCGGCUAAGGGUAUGAACGUAUUCCCGGAUCAAAGUGAACCCUAUUUAAGCUACUAUUAUUCAAUCUUCUUCAAUAAAACAAAGGCUUAUUGCAUAUUCAA